AUGGUUGAGCGAAGCGGCAAGCCCCUGUUAUCGAUGCAGGUCGGGGAUAAUCUCACCCUGCCUCCCUCGCGGCCUCCCACAUGCCCCGGCGUCGUCAUGGAAACGCCCCGUGUAUGCCACACACGCACACACAUGUGCGGAGUUGGCGGGGGUGUGGAGCGGGAGGACGGGCGGCUAGUGGAUAUGUCGAACGCCAUACAUGUACAUGUGUGGAUCGUUUGCGUUCUGGGAGAAUGUUCAGCGUUGGUUAGUGAGUUUUACAGUGCUCGAAGGUUGACUUUCGAAUUGGAGACUGCCUUAAGUUGUUACAGAUCUGCUGCUGGACGCUUCAGCGGCGCAACAGAAGACGCGAACACGUGCCACAGUAUCGCCGACAACUGGAGGGGGAUGGCUUUGGGAUAUAGGGAAAAAUACCGAUACAAUUCAAGAAUUAAAAAUUGGACGAAACCAAAUAUUCUAAAUUUUAAUAAAACUACGAUUUCAAAGAAAAUUCGACACCGAAACCUAACCUACAUCAAAAAACAAGCGGGACUCGCGACUCGAGAGCACCCGAGCUUUACGGAAAGGGGGAAAGUCGGCGAAUGCCUGCGAAAAUUACCAAAACUCACCAAGAAAGUGUUUCGCAGCGACGCUGACGAAGACGAACGACGCCUAGCGUCGGUGAGACGAGGAUAAACGAGGAAAACUCGGUAAGCUCGAAGAAAAGCUGAAGACGAUCGCGAAUCCGGCGCACCCCGUCGC